AGUUUUUUUUUUUCUCUCUCCUCCUUUAAAACGGCAAGCAGCCGUUGCAUCUAACUGGCGGUGUUCUAAUCAUUUUUGUUUGUUUCGUUGCUACUGCUAAUUUCUUUGAAAACUUGACUUGUGUUGUAGUUCCUAUACUCCUUUCUGUUUUUGUUGUUGUUUGGAUUACGUGUGGGAAUCGGAAACUGCCACAAAUUUCUUCCUCAGAAGGUCUUCCGUCAACCUGCGGCCUUUUCCGUUGCUGACUGUUUCUACGAGUAAAUACUUUGUACGUUAGAAAAGUACGGCCACUGCGCUGCCACCACCAUAUAUAUAUAUACAACUCUACAUUCGCUUUCCCUUCCUGGCUGUUGCACCUGGCUGUUGCACCCACCAGCAGCAGCAGCUGUACGGCUGACAUCCCUCCGAUCCGCACAUAUACACGUGUGCUUGUUUGUUGAUUCUUCCUUUUUUUUUCCUUCGUGCGCCUUCAUUAGUCACGCUCUCAUGGACGUACCGUACGCAACACCGCUCGUUUGGGUGUGCCUCGCGUGUGGUCAGCUGGCCCCGUACCACGCAAGCCCAAAUGACUUGAUGGACAGCGCGAAUGCAAUGGACCUCCCCCUCACCCCAGUCUUAGCCUCGCCUCCUACGUCUCACUUGCCGUCGCCGUCGCUGCCGCAUCGCGUAGGUGGAAUGGCACGUGACCCAGAUGUUGAGCAGCACGGUAGCCUGGAUAGCAGCAACAGCAGCGGUGCGACCAUUAGCGGCGAGAGUGACUCUUGCACAGAUGCGGCGCGGCGACGCUCCUCACGUCACCAAUCACGACGCCGGUGCGGGCUUUCGCGAGAACGCGAACAGUUGUGCGGUAGCGCCGAGUUGGGUGCGCGGCGUUCCGCGCCUGCCGUGUCCCAUCAUCAACGCAGGCAGCCAGGGCAGCGGCAGCCGCAACGCAGCUUUGAAAACAAUGGAUUCAACCACACGGAAGGAGUUGCCGGCGUGCGGGGGGCUGCGCCAAGGACCCAGUACGCCUGCCCAGCGGUCCAAUCGUUGGCAGCUCUGCUCGUGGAGGGGCACCUUGUCGGCUCGCGCGAGAUGCGCUUCUGUGAAAACUGCCGCGAGGUCCGCUGCACCGAACUCCGCAAAGCCUCCGACAUGAUGUCGCACAACGACGUUGGGGCAGACGGGGUUGCUGUGGUGGUGACAGGCAGGACGGAGGUGGCGGACGCGCUUGGGAACGUCGGACCGGUGCGUCACGGCGCCGAAGCGGUUACGCGGCACUCCCAUUCCCCCUUCCCCAGCAGCGACAACACGUACGACAGUAACGUUCCUUCCUCCGGCUUUUCGCACGCCGGUGACACUCGCAGAGUCGUGGGCAACAGCCCAGCAACCUCUGCUUUCUUGUACUUGAGCCACAGGCCCAGCCACGUGAUCAACGACGCUGACGGUGCAGUGGAAGAGAGAUCACCUUCGCCGUGCACGUCGCAGCAAAGUGUUCCGCAGUACGCCACCUCUCCGUCACCGUCUUCGUUUGUCUCCGCCACCGGCGGUGAGUUCCAGAGCAAGCGAGAAAUUCCCUCUGUUCACCUCGUCGUCGCCCUCUCCGUCGCCCGCUUGAUGUUGAAGCUCAAGAACGCAGCGGUGACGAUCAUACGUAACUUUCACCCCCUCUCCCCGUCGCUGCCAGCUCCCCGCGCCCGACGGUGUGACACAUCGGCCGAAGAGGAGGAGGAGUCCGAUGGCGUCAACGGUGAUGCGGCGGACCGACCUUGUCGCUACGUCAAUGGGCAUCGAUGGGCUCACAGCAACAAAUCCGCCUCCCCACCGCCGCAACGGCAUCCACGUGCCCCAGCCUCCACCGCCGCCGGCAUCACCGCAUUUCCCUCUUGCGGCUCUCCAGCGACGUCGUACCAACCGCGACUCUUCCCUUUUCUGAGUAGCUCGCUUGAUGAAGCGGGUUUAGUGGGCGGCGUCGAUUCCAACGGGCUUUCGGGCAACUCGUUCAGCACCACCACCCUUUCCCAACCGUCUCGAAAGCCGCAACAGCAGCAGAAGCAACACUCCAGCUGUUCAAGUCGGAAUUCGAAUCCACCGGCUGAAGAGUACGCGCCCGGUGACCGGGACUUGUCUUCUAUUGUGUCUACGGAGGGUGCUUCCCCAGACACACAUCCGCUGUUCCUGAAGUCCGUUGCUGCUGAAGCGAACGGCGUGGACAACGCUGCAGCGCUCUCCAGCGCGCCACACACGACUACGAUGACGCCUAGCGGCGCCGUUCUGCGACUUCGCAAAGAAAAGUGGAAUUCGAUGAGCGUGCCGGAAGCCUUGUGGAGACUUGUGCUGCCGUCCUUUAGUUCUCCCUUCUUGGGAAGUAACGAGGAAGUCAACCUCCGCUCUUCGCGAGGCGGGUCAUGCCACUCCACGCCGCAACGCGGGGGGAGCAGCGGAGGUGGCGCAGACGGGCUGUGCAGGCCAUAUCGAGGCUUUCGCGGGGAAGUGGAGGAGGCGGUGUGGCGGUUGGACUCGAUGCAGUUGGAGGUGGCGAAGUUGCGUCUGGAACAAAUACUGUCGGAGGUGGCGGCGGAACAGGCGCGCCGAGAGAGGGAGGACAGAAAGAUGUGA